AGGAUGGCGUCAAUGGCAUUGCGCAUGCUCCCUAGAGUGUUUUCCAACCACUUUUUCGGAAUAUGUUUUGUGUUUUCACUAACUAUUGAUUGAUCAGAUAUGCGUAGAAAGCCUCACUCUGGAAAAAAUCCACCUCAAUUACCAAAGAUGAAUAGAAGAGUAAAAGAAGUACCACCAGAAUCGCCAGUGACCAAAUGUCCUAUAAAUGCCGCACAGAGCGCAAUGGGUCCUAUGGAUGCUGAUGGUUUUGUGGACUUGAAGCGUGCAGGUCGGGGUGGCAAUCAACAGCCUCAGGUUAACCUCGCAGGCGGAUUACCUAAAGCUGAUUUUGAAUUGGGAAAAUCACAACUGCAGCCCAGUCAAUAUCAAGUUGUGCAGCCUCAUCUACAAAACCAGUAUGGAUUACAACCUGUACCACAGGGCGAGAUUAAGGUUUUUAACAAGUCACAACUACUGCAAGCAAUGUAUAAAUUGCAACAACAACAGCCAAGGCAGCAGCAGCAAUUAGAGAGAGCAUCUCCGUGUCAACACCUUCCAGACACCUUUUAACAGUCACAGAAUAUUUCACAGAGCCACUUGUAAAAUACUUAUAAUAAAACAUCAGUUGUUUUCUCAGUAAGAUAAAGGGCACAACUCAAAAUCACUUAAAGCCGGAUUUAUAGACCUAAUAAUUAGGACCUAUACAUCAUAUACAAAUAUAAUACAAUAACAUUAGUGUAUUGUCUCUGACAUGACAGACGGCUAUAAUGAUACCUUGAAUUUGGUUCUUUGACAACAGACUUAUCUGCUAGAAAUCAUUAAAAACCCUUCAUUUGUUUUCUUUAAGGCUGCACUCUUACAGAUUAACAGUUUUGAUAAUAUUUUAUCUUUUGUCCAGGAAUGAGCAAAUUUUGUGUAAACAUCUGAAAACCAGCUAUACAAGAAUGCUGACAAAAGAUUUUAUCGCAGUUUUUCAUAUUUCUGUCGCAAAUUAAUGUUUUUGAAAAAUGCAUAAAACAUCAAUUUUUGAAAAUAAAUAUGAAAACUUGCAAUGUGAUUUUUUCAGCAGUCUUAUAUCACUUGUUGCUAUGCAUUUUCACAUGCAAUGUUACAUAUAUACAGUAUCCAGUGAUGUGGAUCAUUCCAUAUAUAUACUGCACAUCUUUAAUAUUAUAAUUAUAGAAUGUGCAUCAAACUAUAUGCAUGAUAAGCUUAAAAGUUUGUAUUAAAUUGAGAUUUGGUAAAAAAAAUGCUACAAACUGACUGUAAAUACAUACAUAAUGCACGAUUUCCACUUGAUUCGCUCUUGCGGUGUAUUUACUUUUAUCUUGCUUAUAAAUAACACAAGUAAACCGGAAAUAUUGAAAUUUAGUUACCCAUCCAGAAACCUGCAGUUCUGUGUAACAAUCCGUCCCGCCUAGUUACCAGCAUCUUGGAUCCAUGUCAAGAUCUGAAAUAAAAAAUGAAUAAUCUAUUUAUUUAUAAACAGGCUGUUUUCUUUCUGAAGCUUAAAAUAUGGUUGACAUUUUUCUUUAAAUGCAAGGUGGUUUUUGUUUUAAUAAAGCCAUUGCUUGAG